AUUUCUCUUUCUCUCUCUCUCUCUCUCUCUUCAAAAAUUUUUCCUCAUUUUUUUCUGCCUAGUUUUUCUUUCUUUCACUCAAAAAUCUUCCACUCUUAAAACACCUUUUCCCAUUAGCUUUCUUUGACUUGCAAAGGUGUUUUCCUCAUCUACCCAACACAAACAGGAUUUCUGGGUUUUCAUCUUUCACCAUUUUGCCCCUAUCUCUUUCAAGUUUGGCUUGCAUGACCUUCUUUCAUAAGAAACAUUGAAUACGUAAAUACAGCUUAGGGAUUUGUAUAUAAGAUGGGAUGUUUUACAGUUUUGAAAAGUAGGAAGAAAAAGUCUGAGCAGUCAUUUUUUGUAAAACGCAUUGCUCAUAAGACGCAUAUGCCCACCACACUGCCUGAGCCCCAAGUCCAGACCCGAUCACUGCAAUCUGCACCCCCUAGUUUUAGAACCAGAGUAAAACCAGUUCAACCUAAUAACAAGGCAACCAGCAAUAGAACACGAGCAUUAUCUGCCCCAUCAAGUCUUGAUGGUGCUGAGCAAGAUGCACUUGCAUCAGUUGAAUUUGAAGAACAGGAAGAGCUGAAGAGUCGUGUCGGAGGAGUGAAGGAACAGAUGUUAUCAAGUCCACAACCUCUUCCACUUCCAUCUCCCCGUGGUGCUGUCCUGAAGACAGUGGAAAGCUUUAAAGCAGGGAAUGCCAGUGGCCCUCUGUUUGCUUCUGGACCAUUGCCCCUGCCUCCCUCUGGAACACUACGAACCUUCACUUAUGAAGAAAUUGCAGCUGCAUGCCAUUAUUUCUCUUCUGAUCGAUGCACAUCUGAGGGUCUUUCUUCUGUCAUGUAUAAGGCUUCUUUUGGAGAUGAUGUAUCAAGUUCAAAGAAGUUUGAAGCUACUGUUACUCGCCUUCACCCAUCCGCCCAGGGUUUAAGGGAGUUUAUAAAUGAAGUAAACACUCUUGCAUCAUUGCAACAUCCAAACCUCUGUAAAUUGCUGGGAUACCAUGCACGUGAUAGUUCAGAACAAAGAAUGUUGGUCUAUGAGAGGCUGUUUCAUGGAAGCUUGGACAGGCUUCUAUAUGGAAGAUCAGAUGGACCACCACUUGAUUGGAAUACCCGAAUGAAAAUUGCUUUAUGUUCUGCACAGGGUCUUACUUUCUUACAUGAGGAAGGACCAUUUCAGGCAAUGUACAAUGAAUUUUCAACUGCCAACAUACAUAUUGACAAAGAUUUCAGUGCAAAGCUUUCGGGAUAUGGGUGCGUAGGUCAUAUCCUGGAAACAGAAGAGAUCUCCACUAAUUCAGUUGCUGUGGCAAAUCUUUCAGUAGAGACCCUGGAGAGAGGAUGGCUAACUCCAAAGAGCAAUGUUUGGAGUUUUGGAAUUGUCCUACUUGAAUUACUCACUGGCCGGAAGAACCUUGGUAGCUCUCAUCCCAGGGAGGAGAGGAACCUAGUGAAGUGGAGCCGACCAUUCCUAGCUGAUGAUUGUAGAUUGUCACUUAUCAUGGAUUCUCAGCUCAAAGGUCGCUUUCCUAUGAAGGCUGCUCGUACAGUGGCUGACAUUGCACAAAGAUGUCUCCAGAAGGACCCAUCAGAAAGGCCGACCAUGAGAACCAUAGUUGAGCAUCUCAAAAUCAUCCAAGACAUGAAAUAUUCCUGUAGGUUUCCUCUGCAAGAGCCAGCGGCAAUUGCUGUAAAACAAAUGUCAAGGUCACCUAGUCUCAAUGGGAUUAUUACCCCUGCACCCAGGUUAAGUUUCUCACCAUCACCACCAUCAGGAGCCCGGCUGUCUGUUUCUCCUACAAGACCACCUACUUUGCCAUUGUCUCUUCCACCUGGAGCUUGUUCCUCUACCAUCUCGUUGGAGGAACUUGAAAGGCAAGAAAGUCGGAGAUCAUCGUCAGCAACCCUUAGAAGGGAUAGUGUGGAAGGAUUUUGAUUGUUUAUAAUAUGCAUUUUUUCAUUUUUUGUUUAUUUUCUUCUUUUAAAUUCAACACAACAUAUAGAAGAUAAAGAUGUGAUUGUGACACCUUCCUUCCUUUCCCACUAUAGAUGAUGAAUAGGGAGGAUGCUGUUUUGUAGAUAAGAGUGCAAGGCUGAUCAGAAAAUGGAGUAGUCGAUUGUUUACUUCAAUUCCUGAAUGCUAUCAUAUAAAUAUAUAUACUAUAUGUUCAUAAUCUUGAUCAGAGUUUCCUUCAUGUACUUUGCUGGCAUUCUAAAUCCACUCCUACCUUAACGACCACCACUUAGGUCAAUUUCAGAUAUCUGUCACUUUCGAUCUAGAUUAUUUUAGAUAUUGGGUUGUAUCAUUUUUGGUUUUUUUUCUAGGAUUGGGUUGCCAUUAGGUCAUGUAGUUUUGGGCUAAAGUGUCUCUUUAGUUUGAUUGGGUUUGUGAAAAAAAUUGAAAACAUCAAAAGGCCAACUCCAACAACAGCGUUGGUCUUGGCUU